UGCCAUGCGUGAGCGUGCGCGGGCGCGUCGGCCGGCGAGGGAGCAGCAAACGGCCGGCGGCGGGCGCCGCGCGGGGGGCGGGCGGCGCGGAGGAGGCGGAGGUGGCCAUGGCCGAGGCGUCGCCGCAGCCCGGACGGUACUUCUGCCACUGCUGCUCGGUCGAGAUCGUGCCGCGCUUGCCGGAUUACAUCUGCCCAAGAUGCGAGUCUGGUUUUAUCGAGGAGCUUCCGGAAGAGACCAGGAGCACAGAGAAUGGUUCUGCCCCCUCCACAGCCCCGGUGGACCAGAGCAGACAGCCGAUGGAGAAUGUGGACCAGCCCCUGUUCACGCUGCCACAGGGCUAUGGGCACUUUGCUUUCGGCAUCUUUGACGACAGCUUCGAGAUCCCCACAUUUCCCCCCGGGGCACAGGCUGACGACGGCAGGGACCCCGAGAGCCGGCGAGAGAGAGAACAGCACCCCCGGCACCGGUACGGCGCCCGGCAGCCCCGCGCCCGCCUCACCGCGCGGCGCACCACCGGCCGGCACGAAGGCGUCCCCACGCUGGAAGGGAUUAUCCAGCAGCUGGUCAACGGCAUCAUCACUCCGGCCACCAUCCCCAACCUGGGCCUGGGCCCCUGGGGCGUCCUGCACUCAAACCCAAUGGACUACGCCUGGGGCGCCAACGGCUUGGAUGCCAUCAUCACGCAGCUCCUCAAUCAGUUUGAAAACACGGGCCCCCCACCCGCAGACAAAGAGAAAAUCCAGGCCCUCCCUACCGUCCCUGUGACCGAGGAGCAUGUAGGCUCUGGGCUGGAGUGCCCUGUGUGCAAGGAUGACUACGGGCUGGGUGAGCGUGUGCGCCAGCUGCCCUGCAACCACCUCUUCCAUGACGGCUGUAUCGUGCCCUGGCUGGAGCAGCACGACAGCUGCCCCGUCUGCCGAAAGAGCCUCACAGGACAGAACACGGCCACUGAUCCCCCAGGCCUGGCCGGAGUCAGCUUCUCCUCCUCCUCGUCCUCCUCCUCCAGCUCUCCCAGUAACGAGAACCCGGCUAGCAGCUCCUGAGUGCCCCGCCGGUCCCCAGGGUGAGCACUGGCCGGCGGGAUGGGGCCGGCAGACGCCACUGCUCCCACACUGCCGUGUGCCCACGGACUGUGGUGCCACCUGUGCCCGCCAUGGGCGGAGGCUUGGAGGACCCGCCCUCCAGGCUGUGGAGGAAGCUCAGCCUCUGCGAGGGAUGGCUCCGGGCCGGGCAGGGUGCAGGGCAUAGCCGCCCAGCGUCCCCGCCCCCCACCCCCACCCUCGUUUGUCUCUGACCUCACCCUCUACGUGUUCAACGGCGGAAAGGUUUUUAUAAUUUUAAAUUAUUACUGCUUUGAAAUAAAUGGACGUUUGAGCUCA